AUGGCACAGAUCACGAGGCGGCCCGAUAACCCGUAUCUCGCCGGCAAUUUCGCCCCCGUCACACAAACUAGGGCUUUGACACCAUGUUCGUAUACCGGCACAAUCCCAGCAGACCUCGCUGGUGGUCAGUAUGUACGCAAUGGCGGAAACCCGAUUGAGAACAAGGACCUUGGCCGAGAUGUGCAUUGGUUCGACGGCGACGGCAUGCUCUCUGGAGUGCUAUUUCGGAGGACCGGCAAGACGGGCAAGGAAAUCGUCCCGGAAUUCGUUAACCAGUUCGUCCAGACCGAUGUGUAUCUCAACGCCACCGGUAAUGCCAACCUCAAAAGACGCGUCGUUCCCAGCAUAGCGACCUUGAUUGGCGGCUCCUUCCUGGCCAUCUGCUGGUCCAUAGUCCGCGGAUUCCUUCUCGCCUUCAUCUCCAGACUGCCAGGCUCGCCAUUUGUCAUCAAGAAAAUGAGCGUCGCCAAUACAGCUGUCCUCUACCACGACGGCCGUGCUUUGGCGACGUGCGAGAGCGGCCCACCCAUGCGCUUUCAGUUACCCAGUCUCGAGACCGUAGGAUGGUUCAAUGGUCGCAAAGCCGAGAACGAACCAACCACCACAAAAGAGAACGGUUUCGGUGGCGACGGAGUGCUGUCGUUUUUCAAGGAGUGGACCACAGGUCACCCAAAAGUCGACCCACUCACCAGGGAGUUCAUCAGCUUCCACGCCACUACCAUUGCGCCGUUCGUGGAAUACUCUGUUAUUCCGCCUGAGAAUCCCUCUGCAGCAGAUAUCCCUCCACAGCCGAAGUUCAACCUGCCUGUACCCGGAAUCAAGUCGCCCAAAAUGAUGCACGAUUUUGGUGUUUCUCGUCAACACACCAUCAUAAUGGAUCUGCCCUUGUCCCUGAACCCGCUCAAGAUGUUAGCGGGCCUGCCCAUUGUUGCUUACGACAAGACCGAGAACUCGCGCUUUGGUGUAUUUCCACGACACAGCCCAGAACAGGUCCAGUGGUUCGAGACGAAUCCGUGCGUCAUCUUCCACACUGCUAAUGCCUGGGAUGUCGAGUCAACGGAUCCCAAGGAGGGCCCAUCCGUGUGCCUCGUCGCUUGUCGGCACACGUCGGCGUCUAUUGUGUACGAGACGGCAGCUCUGGAGAUCAAGGAGACCGGUCCAAUUCCCGACGACUUGUACGAGGACGAGCAAACGAGACUUUACUACUACCGCUUUGGCAUGGAGCUCCCUGGUUCGAGCUCCAAGCCCGAGAUUCGGAGUCAAUGGGGACUCUCAGCAAUUCCUUUUGAAUUUCCCGUCCUAUCACCAGAGCGUGAAAUGCGAGAGGCACGCUACAUCUACUGCUGCAGCUCAACACGAUCAUCGAGCUUCACCCCGGGCCUCGGAAAGGUGGUCAAGAUCACCUGCCUUGCCAAGGUCGAUGUUGGGACAUUGAUCAAGCGUGGCGAGGAGAACCCUCCUGAAGACGUCAGGGGUUGUGUCGACUGCAGACCCGUGGAGGAGGUUCUCCAGAGCACGGACCCAGAAGACCCGAUCAAGCUCUUUUCUUUGCCCGACGGCUGGUACGCGCAAGAGGCUCGAUUCGUCCCACGUGUCGGCGGCGUUUCCGAGGACGAUGGCUGGCUGCUCACAUACGUCUUUGACGAGUCACAGCUGCUUGCCAGCGGUGAGUGUGGUGAGAACGCGGUCAGCGAGCUCUGGAUCAUCGAUGCCAUCAGUAUGAAUGAUGUCGUUGCCAAGAUACAGCUGCCGCAACGUGUCCCCUACGGUCUGCACGGCGCGUGGUUUUCCGAGGAAGAAAUCGCGGCACAGAGACCCGUUAGCGGAUACCGCGGCGCCGACCCCAAGGACCAGGUCUUCGAGCAUAACCGUGGACUCCUCUGGCACGUCCGAGACUACCUCGAGAAGGUGCUCGGUUGA